UUAUUGGCUAGCGGCGAAAUUUGAAAAUAAACGCGCUCCGAGUAGAUGCGGCUACACAAGGAUGUGGACAAAGACGGUGACCACUACGAAGAGAAAAUGAGGACAGUCUGCUAAGUGAAACAAUUCUCCUGAGGGCUUUACGGAACAGAACUUCUCCACAGAAGGUUUUGAAUUGUUGGACAUCAUGGAUACUACGGUGCUGAACCUCCAGAGCCUAUAUGACAAUCUGAGGACACAUGUUGACCUUAUCAGUGAGAAUAUUGAGCCCAACUUCAUUCAGACAGUGCAGAACUUUGAGGAUUGUCGUCGCAAAUGGGUGAGGACUCUGGAGGAACUGGGAUCUUGCAAGGAGAUGCUGAGAAAAGCGGAAAUGGAGAGGGGAGCCUUGGAUGUGAAGCUGAAACAUGCCCGCAACCAAGUGGACGUGGAGAUUCGGCGCAGACAAAAGGCUGAGGCUGACUGUGAGAUGCUGGAUCGUCAAAUUCAGUUGAUCAGGGACCUCUUAACCAGUGAGGGAUCCACCAACAGCAUCCAUCUGAGUGCCGAACAGCGUUCUGCUCUUGCCUUCCUUAAUACAAACUGCCAAACAAACAACCAGAAUACCAGUCGGAGAUUGGUGACAAUAGACGAGUCUGCCUCCAUCUUGUCAGAUAUAAGCUAUGACAAAACAGAUGACUCCCUUAACUGGGAUUCUUCCAACAUCAGGACGGUACGACUCAAGAAACGCGAAAAAAGGCGCUCCUCAAGAAAUCUCAUUGAUGGUCCUCCAAGUGCUUCUAAAAGAUCACGAUCGACUGGCAGAACCUCAGAAAGGGGAAGUGAGACCCUUGUGACCAAGACAACAGUGACUGUGCCUGUGAAUGGAGGACCUGUUGAGGCAGUUUCUACCAUAGAGACUGUUCCUUACUGGACUCGCAGCAGGAGAAAGACCGCUGCCAAGGAGUGGGACUCUGAAUCUGUCAAGUCUGAGGCUGUUUUUAAGGCACCUGACUAUCCAGAGGGAGAAAAUAAAGCUGAGCCCAGCACUCCACAAAGCAAAGGAGGUGUCCGCCUGCACGAGUUUGUCUCCAAAACUGUGAUUAAACCUGAGUCCUGUGUGCCGUGUGGAAAAAGGAUCAAGUUUGGCAAGAUUUCAUUGAAGUGUCGUGACUGCAGAGUGGUCUCGCACCCUGAAUGUCGCGAGCGAUGCCCGCUGCCAUGCAUCCCCAACCUGGGUGGCACACCAGUCAAAAUUGGGGAGGGCGUCCUUGCAGACUACGUUCCAGACACGGCCCCCAUGAUUCCUCCCCUUGUCGUCCACUGUGUGAGUGAGAUUGAACAAAGGGGUCUGCACGAGACUGGUCUUUAUCGUCUGUCCGGUGCCGAUCGCACAGUGAAAGAGCUGAAGGAGAAGUUCCUCCGCAGCAAAACCGUUCCUGUGCUCAGCAAGGUGGACGAUAUCCAUGCUAUUACCGGCCUCCUCAAGGACUUCCUGAGGAACCUGAAGGAGCCUCUGCUCACUUUCCGCCUCAACCGUACCUUCAUGGAGGCAGCCGAGGUUUCAGAUGACGACAACAGCAUCGCUCUGAUGUACCAGACAAUUAGUGACCUGCCGCAGCCUAACAGAGACACCCUGGCUUUCCUGGUUCUUCACCUGAAAAGAGUUGCUGACAGUUUGGACACUAAGAUGGACAUCAGCAACCUGGCCAGAGUCUUUGGCCCAACUAUUGUUGGCCAUGCUGUUCCCAACCCAGAACCCAUGGCGAUCCUUCAAGAUACCAAACGUCAACCAAUGGUUGUGGAGCGUCUGCUGUCUCUGCCGGUGGAUUACUGGACUCAGUAUGUGAUGGCUGAAAAUGUGCAGUCCAAUUUGAAUCAUUUGAUCAUCGAGAAUGCAAACUGCUAUGCCACCCCUGAGAGAAUGAGCAUGCUUGGACCCCUUACCACCCCAGAGCAGCAUCUAACCAAAACCCCCUCCUCCAGCUCCCUGUCUCAGCGAAUGAAGUCCACUCUGACUCCCCGAUUUGGGAGUAAGAGUAAAUCAGCCGUGGGGUUUCCACAUCAAGGAAAGUUCUUCUCUUCUCCACUCCUCAAAUAAAAAGCAGCUCCAACUAAUCUUUAUCCAUAUCCAGAUUCAUAUUACUCUGUAAUAAAAGAUGAGUGGUGAUAUUUUUUUUAUUUUUUUAUUAUUAUAAACGAGCAUUUUAACCACUUAGUUGGUUUUGCUUUCUGUUGCUUUUACUUGAUGCUGAACAUACCGCUUCCAUUUCAGAUCAUUAUAACAAUGUUGAUAUUUUUUUUUUUUUUUUCUGAAACUUGUUUACUGAUAAAAAAAGAAAUAUGUAUUUGCUUUUUUUAUUGUGGCUACAUGUUAUUUGUUUUAAGGAUUUCAGCUCAUGUGUCGCUUAGAAGCUGAAGAACCGUGAGGCAUUUCUUUCUAGGAUGUAAUUAAUUUGCUUAUUUCAAAGCCUGAGCUUUCAGUUUAACAUUUGUUUCAUUUCCUUUGGUUUUCUUUUUAAGAGGAAUGUCUUCAGUAGCCGGUGGUUCAUAAUCUAAAUGUGUAGAAUCAUCCAUGUUCUCAGCUUCAAAUGAUCAUUAUAAGGCAGAUCUUCUCAUAGACAAGAUCUUGUUGUCUGUUUAAUAACUGAACCGGUUGUGUGUGUGUGUGUUUUACAUAUUGAUUUUCUGAGUGUCUUGAGGAAAGCAAAAAGCUAAAUGCAUCAAAGUUGCACUACCAACGGUCAUUGUGGGUUUCCUGCCUGGUUAUUUCACUCCUCUGGUGUUUAUUCCUAUCUGUAAUGUUUAGGCUCCUGGGGACCGAAUGACUUGUCCCUGGAAGCCAGUUUAGUAACUGUGGCAUUAUUUGGCCAGAUACUAGCACAGUUUGUACAAAAGUGUGCUCCUUAAAAUCUGUGUACAUUAUAAAACACAUUUUAACACCUGAA